CCAGUUCAUCUUGCACUGCCCGCCAGAUUCACUCAAGAUGGCAGCCCGGCGAGAUCUGAGGUGGUCGCAACUGUUACUGUGGAGAUUGUGGCAGCCCCGGGGGGUUCCCCAAAACCCGAGAUCGGGCCUGGGCCCAGAAGCGAGGACUUAUACCCGGAGCGACGGCCCGUACUCGCGCACGGCGCUCUAUGAUCUGCUCGGCGUCCCCUCCACGGCCACGCAGGCGCAAAUCAAGGCGGCUUACUACCGGCAGAGCUUCCUCUACCACCCGGACCGCAACUCGGGGAGCGCUGAGGCUGCUGAGCGCUUCACGCGCAUCUCCCAGGCUUACGUGGUGCUGGGCAGUACCACCUUGCGUCGCAAGUAUGACCGCGGCCUGCUGAGCGACGAGGACCUGCGCGGUCCAGGCGUCAGGCCUUCCAAGACUCCCGCCGCCGACCCCGAGAAGCCCCGUACCCCUCCGCCCGGCCCUCGGGCCCACGGCCGUGGUCCGGCCUCGCCGGGAGCCAAGCGCACCAUGUUCGACUUUGACGCCUUCUACCAGGCGCACUACGGUGAGCAGCUGGAACGCGAACGGCGCCUGAGGGCGCGCCGGGAGGCCUUCCGCAAGAUGCAGGAGGACCGGGCCAAGAAGGGCUUACGCUGGGACGAGACCCGAGACUUGGCUUUCGUCCUUGUUCUGCUCACCGUCUUCCUCAUCGUGAGCUCUCGUAUUUAAUCGGAGAGUGGAGGGCAGGGGAGCAGCCCCCAGCCAACACCCUCCCGCCCCACCCCACCCACCCCACCCCCAAGAAAAUGGCCUUGCGUGUCAUCUUGAACCCCUUGCCUCCCGUUGUCUACCUCUGCUGGGGCCCGAAGGAACUGCUCUCCCCCUUCUGUUGCCCACCUGUCCAGCUUAGCCAUUGACCUGCACGUCCCUACCCCCGCCCCGCUCCAGAAAAGGAGGCUUUUCGAUGCUCGAGAAAACAGGCCCCUAAUGAAGAGUCCUGAAAGCCUGAGAGUGAGGGGUUUUCUGGAGGUCCUGGGGUGCCUGCUUCCAGAUGUUGUCAACUUCUGGAACAUUUGCUCUGGCUUUCUUGUAAAGCUCCAAGCAAGACUUGUCUGCUCCUGCCCCAUGCGUGUAGCGUGGGGCUCCUGUGUAACCUUGAAACGUGCAAUGUGACCAGUUGUGGCUGCCCAAACGAAAAAAUCUGGGGUCUUACGAAACUUGCCUUUCUGUGAGUUCCCCAAGCCACAGGUGAGACCUGAUGUAGGGUAAAGAUGUGAUCCGUGGGAACUUGGCCAUUCUUGGGUAGUCAGAUCCCACUUGGCCUUCUGUUGGUGGCCUCUGGGAGUGGGAAAGAAAGCAAGGUCAUGAGCCUUCCUGUGCCCAUACUUAGCGAAUAUAUGACCUUGUAGAAAUUCAUCUGUGGGCAUGAUGGCAGGGGAGCAAAUUGUUUGCUCUUUUGAGAUCUGUCAUACUUGAUUAUCCAUGUUCUAGUAGGCUCAGUGAUUAAAAUGUUGAUGUCGGUAGAGCCAGAUUUAUCCUUGGGACACUGUGCCUGGCAUCUGGUCAUUCCUUGACCAGCCAGCCUCAUUGCUAACUGUGCAGCUCCUCCCCUCCUAGAAAUAAGAGUAACAAAAGCGGAGGUAAGAGUCGCCUGAGAGUGGCCCAGCCUCCCAUUCUGCUGGUAGCGCUUAUCACAGGCCCCACAAGCCAAGUCCUUGAAACAUGGCUACUUGAGGCUGUGGGAACUGGGGGAGUUUGAGUAAACAAGAUUAUUGAGGGAGAGAAGGGACAUGUAGAAAUGCACUUCCUUAUUCAGAGCUAACUGAGGCCUUUUUUUCUUUUUAUGGCUGCACAGCUCAGGCAUGUGGGAUAUUAGUUCCCCCAACCAGAGAUCAAACCUAUGCUCCCGUCUCAACCACUGCAUCCCCAGAGAAGUCCCCCUCCUCGCCUUUUUUCCCCUCCUCUGUUCCUAACUGGUGCUAAACAAGCGGGUGAUCACUUGCUGGAGCUGUUGUAAUCCAGCCCUCUUAACCCUGAAUCUCUGCACACAGGGUGUGGAUUAGCUGUGAGACAGUAGGAACUCAACUGUGUAUGCACUGUUGAGCAGAAAGCCAUGGGAUAGGAAAACUUGUGCAGAAGACCUACUACAAGAGUCAGGACCUAAGUCUAGCUUCUAAACCAGGCCAGAGGUGCUUUGCUAUAUUAACACCAAUUCCUGCACUCAG